CAUUCAUUUACUGCCACGCAGGACACGCCCACUCAAUACCAACAUAACCGCAGAUCUCUAGAGCUGAGCAGCAAAGGAAAUCUAGUGAUCCCACCAACAUCUGUAUCAGGUCAAGUGAGAUCCCCGCCCCCUCUUCCAAGGACAGGGCCAGAGAGGCCCCUCAAUGUCACAGACCAGGCAGGGGGAGGCAGCAGGGAGAAGACAUCUAGUAGGGGAGCUUCAUUACUGCAAGAAGGCACCAGAGUGGGGUCUUCUAAAACCAAAAUCUUUGUUGCCUUGUAUCACUACAAACCCCAGAAAGAGGAUGAGGUUGAAUUAAGAAAGGGAGAUUACUACAGUGUGAUAGAGGCCUGUCUAGAUGGAUGGUUCAAAGGUCGAUGUCUCAAGACUGGCAAAGCUGGGGUCUUCCCUGGAAAUUAUGUACAGCAAGCCAGGUCUCCUUCUGCUGGUGGUUUACCCAAUAAUGUCCAGAAUUUACGUGCCAAAACAUCAUCAUCCAACUCAAAGUCUUCGUCAAGGCAAGAAAUGUCAUCCAGACCAGAACAGGCAAUUUCUGCCAGGCAAGACAACAGUGCUUCACAUAAACAGGGGACUCACAACUCCAGACUGGAUGGUCCGCCGUCAUCAUCAUCCAGACAAGAACAGUCUGCCAUCUCCAAACCUGUACCUACGUCGUCAUUAAGUUCAUCAUCCGGGUCACAGGUGCCCCCUGUCAAGUCUUCUCACAAACCUCACCUCCCUCCCCCCUCCUCGGCCUCACUGUCCACAGAGGCUAACCCUGACAGAAUCUUAAACUCACAAAUGUCGUCCACAUCUCAUACUGCAGAUCAUUUAUCAUCACAGGCUAGAAGUGUUCCUAAACCUGUCUAUGUCAAAGCAGCAUCCAAAAUGAGUCCUUUAAGAACCACUUCAUCUGAUGUGCAGGGAUUUGCAGCUAACGCAGUGGUUAUACCACCUAACUCGGUGAUCAGUAAAACAGGACCAGUGGUUGGAGUCAAUGGACCAGGAUCUUUGGUCCCCAGUGUACAGAUAACAGAUCCUGUGGGAGCCUCUGGGGAGUCUUCAUCAUCAAACAAGAGAGAGAAAAAAGAGAAAGAAAAGUUAAGCCUUGUAAAGAGACUGACUUCUGGGAAGGGUAGGAAGGCCAGGUCCACCCCAGACAGUGAGGGAGCCUUACCCUCGGGAAAAGUAGCUCAUACAAGGUCUGGAUCGUACCCAUCUGAGGUGGCCACGUCUGUAGAAGGCCAACAUGUUAAGACUGGAUCUUUUGAUUCCUCUGUACACCCUCCUCUCGGGUCAAAACAUCACAAACAAAAGUCCCUCAGUCGAGAAAAAUACCGAUGUAAAGAGCCGUAUCCUGCCCAACACGUAGUAGAGCUGGACCUAAUGUUGGGAGACAUUGUUUACGUGACAAAGAAACGCGAGGAUGGCUGGUUCAAAGGAACACUGCAGAGAAGUGGAAAGACAGGGUUAUUUCCUGGAAGCUUUGUGGAAAAAGUGGAUCAAUGAUAUUUCAACAUUACUUCUGUAGGGACGGUUUGACUAGAUAUGCAAUUGCUAAACCUUCCCAAGGCUCAGGAAAAUAGAAAGUUUGUAGACAGCGUGACUGUGGAUUUUCCUACCUUGAAGGUUCACUCAUCAUGCAGUGGGGAAUAAGACAUGUCAGAUACAAAUGUGAUAGUUGAUGUAUUUUUUAUACACAAAAUUGCAUUAAGUUUAUUCACAUGAAUAAGUAAGUUCAUUUAAACUUCAGUUUUUGUCCUAAUAUUACAAUGAUUUUAACAUCAUCCUUUUCAUGCACACAUGUUGUACAGGAAAACGUUUUCUUAUUAUUUAGUAUAUAAACUGCCAUUUUGUGCAUUUUUGUGUAUUAGAUAUUAUUGAUGCAAUAUUUUAAAUAUUGAGUUAAAUAUUUUCAUUUCCUGCCUUUGACAUCUUAGUUCAUGUGUUAGUUGAACAAUAACUGAAAAAUGUAGGAUGCUAACCUCACUUUCACUUUCUUUUGUUAUAUGCAAGUAUCUCUCAUUCACUCUUGAUAACUAAGGGCAUUUUAUUUCUUUGAAUAAACAUUGAUUUUUAUUUCCUAUAUAUGAAUAGGCUGUAUGUUGUUAUUUGAAUCUGUAGUUUCCCUUUACAUACAUGUAAUUGAUACUAUAAAAUGUCUUCCAGUCAUUUUCGUUAUUCAAUUUGAAUACUGUGUCUUGCUGGUUAUUAC